GGGCUGCCGUCCGCACUCUCCAUGAGGCUGCUGGUGCUGGCCCGCGCGGCGCCGACGCGGGGAGCGCGCUUCGCGCUGACUCAGCGGCGACGGAGGCGGCGGCGUUAGCCGGCCCCUCGCGCUCUUUCCCUUCCUGGGGCGCCGACCCCGCCCGCCUGCUUGCCAGCUUGCCGGCCGGGCGCCACGCAAGAGAAGGCGCCAGGGGACGCGGAGCGGCGCGCGGCCCCGGCCAGCUCGGUCUCCGGCGUUAGCGCUGCGGCCGUGGCGGAGGACGACGGCGACAAGGACGAGGGCCGCUCUCUCCGCUCCCUGCGUGCGGCGCCGCUCCGCUCCGCUGACCAGCCCUCGGGAGUGCAGGCGGGGAGGCGGGAUGGACUGAUAGGGAAGUUCUGCAGGAGUAGACCAGCGUGAUGUUUCCCAGUAACCAGAAGAAACGAGUACUUUUUGAAAGUACUAAUUAGUUGUUACUGGGGGAAGUUACGUUUUAUUAAAGCGACUUGUCAGCGUGGUGUUAAAAGACUGGAAAGAUUCAGUCUUGGUCUUUGAACAGUCUUUAGUAGAUGUUUGUGGAUUCUUCUGUGGGAUCAGAGGGCACGCCUAUUGUAAUCAGAAAACUCCAAGAAUAGCAGCAGGGAUGGAUGAACAGGCUCUUUUAGGGCUAAAUCCCAAUGCUGAUUCAGACUUCAGACAAAGGGCCCUGGCAUAUUUUGAGCAGUUAAAGAUUUCCCCAGAUGCCUGGCAAGUGUGUGCAGAAGCUCUAGCCCAGAGGACGUACAGUGAUGAUCACAUAAAGUUUUUCUGCUUUCAAGUACUAGAACAUCAAGUUAAAUACAAAUACUCAGAACUAACUACUGUUCAACAACAACUAAUUAGGGAGACGCUCAUAUCUUGGCUUCAAGCUCAGAUGCUGAAUCCCCAACCAGAGAAGACCUUUAUACGAAAUAAAGCAGCCCAAGUCUUCGCCUUGCUUUUUGUUACAGAAUAUCUCACUAGGUGGCCCAAGUUUUUUUUUGACAUUCUCUCAGUAGUGGACCUAAAUCCAAGGGGAGUAGAUCUGUACCUCCGAAUCCUCAUGGCCAUUGAUUCAGAGUUGGUGGAUCGUGAUGUGGUGCAUACAUCAGAGGAGGCCCGUAGGAAUACUCUAAUAAAAGAUACCAUGAGGGAGCAGUGCAUUCCAAACUUGGUGGAAUCAUGGUACCAAAUUUUACAAAAUUACCAGUAUACUAAUUCAGAAGUGACAUGUCAGUGCCUUGAAGUAGUUGGGGCUUAUGUCUCUUGGAUAGACUUAUCCCUUAUAGCCAAUGAUAGGUUUAUAAAUAUGCUGCUAGGUCAUAUGUCAAUAGAAGUUCUGCGGGAAGAAGCAUGUGACUGUUUAUUUGAAAUUGUAAAUAAAGGAAUGGAUCCUGUUGAUAAAAUGAAACUAGUAGAGUCUUUGUGUCAAGUGUUACAGUCUGCUGGGUUUUUCAGCAUUGACCAGGAAGAAGAUGUUGACUUUCUAGCCAGAUUUUCUAAGCUGGUAAAUGGAAUGGGACAGUCAUUGAUAGUUAGUUGGACUAAAUUAAUUAAGAAUGGGGAUAUCAAGAAUGCUCAAGAGGCACUACAAGCUAUUGAAACAAAAGUGGCGCUGAUGCUGCAGCUACUAAUUCAUGAGGAUGAUGACAUCUCUUCUAAUAUUAUUGGAUUCUGUUACGAUUAUCUUCAUAUUUUGAAACAGCUUCCAGUGCUCUCAGAUCAGCAAAAAGCUAAUGUAGAGGCAAUCAUGUUGGCCGUUAUGAAAAAACUGACUUACGAUGAAGAAUAUAACUUUGAAAAUGAGGGUGAAGAUGAAGCCAUGUUUGUAGAAUAUAGAAAACAACUGAAGUUAUUGUUGGACAGGCUUGCUCAAGUUUCACCAGAGUUACUGCUGGCUUCUGUGCGCAGAGUUUUUAGUUCUACACUGCAGAAUUGGCAGACUACACGUUUUAUGGAAGUUGAAGUAGCAAUAAGAUUGCUGUAUAUGUUGGCAGAAGCUCUUCCAGUAUCUCAUGGUGCUCACUUCUCAGGUGAUGUUUCAAAAGCUAGUGCUUUGCAGGAUAUGAUGCGAACUUUGGUAACAUCAGGAGUUAGUUCCUACCAGCAUACAUCUGUGACAUUGGAGUUCUUUGAAACUGUUGUUAGAUACGAAAAAUUUUUCACAGUUGAACCUCAACACAUUCCAUGUGUACUAAUGGCUUUCUUAGAUCAUAGAGGUCUGCGGCAUUCUAGUGCAAAAGUACGGAGCAGAACUGCUUACCUGUUUUCCAGAUUUGUCAAAUCUCUGAAUAAACAAAUGAAUCCUUUUAUUGAGGAUAUUCUGAAUAGAAUACAAGAUUUACUAGAGCUUUCUCCACCUGAGAAUGGUUACCAGUCUUUGUUGAGCAGUGAUGAUCAGCUGUUUAUUUAUGAGACAGCCGGAGUGCUGAUUGUUAAUAGUGAAUAUCCAGCUGAACGGAAACAAGCCUUGAUGAGAAAUCUUUUGACCCCACUAAUGGAGAAGUUUAAAAUUCUGUUAGAAAAAUUGAUGCUGGCACAAGAUGAAGAAAGACAGGCAUCACUAGCAGACUGUCUGAACCAUGCUGUUGGAUUUGCCAGCCGAACCAGCAAAGCUUUCAGCAACAAGCAGACUGUGAAACAGUGUGGCUGUUCCGAAGUUUAUCUGGAUUGUUUACAGACAUUCUUGCCAGCCCUCAGUUGUCCCUUGCAAAAGGAUAUUCUCAGAAGUGGAGUUCGUACUUUCCUUCAUCGCAUGAUUAUUUGCCUAGAGGAAGAAGUUCUUCCAUUCAUCCCGUCUGCCUCAGAACACAUGCUCAAAGAUUGUGAAGGAAAAGACCUCCAGGAGUUCAUUCCUCUUAUCAACCAGAUUACAGCCAAAUUUAAGAUACAGGUAUCUCCAUUUUUACAGCAAAUGUUCAUGCCUCUACUUCAUGCAAUUUUUGAGGUAUUGCUCCGACCAGCAGAAGAAAAUGACCAGUCUGCUGCUUUAGAGAAGCAAAUGUUACGAAGGAGUUACUUUGCUUUCCUGCAAACUGUCACAGGCAGUGGAAUGAGUGAAGUCAUAGCAAAUCAAGGUGCAGAGAAUGUAGAACGAGUGCUGGUUACUGUUAUCCAAGGAGCAGUUGAAUAUCCAGAUCCAAUUGCACAGAAGACAUGUUUUAUCAUCCUCUCCAAGUUGGUAGAACUCUGGGGAGGUAAAGAUGGACCAGUGGGAUUUGCUGAUUUUGUUUAUAAGCACAUUGUUCCUGCAUGUUUCCUAGCACCUUUAAAACAAACCUUUGACCUGGCAGAUGCACAAACAGUGUUGGCUUUAUCUGAGUGUGCGGUGACAUUGAAAACAAUUCAUCUCAAACGGGGCCCAGAAUGUGUUCAGUAUCUUCAACAAGAAUACCUGCCUUCCUUGCAAGUAGCUCCAGAAAUAAUUCAGGAGUUUUGUCAAGCGCUUCAGCAGCCUGAUGCUAAAGUUUUUAAAAAUUACUUAAAGGUAUUCUUCCAGAGAGCAAAGCCCUAAGGACUGGAUCUCCCUGUGCCUACUUUAUGAUCAGGAAUUCCAGUUAAUUUAUAAAGAAGCAGUUUUGUGUGCCAUUCACACUGGUUUUUUUAACAUUGCUUUAAGCUUAUUGCAGUAUAUGUAUUGGGAUUUUUCUGUAAAAUGGGUGUAAUUUUCUCUGAAUACAGGUAUGUAACAACAAGAGAAGUUGCUUGCAUGCCAGUUCAAAUUGUUCCAUAUAAAAAUGCUGUUAAGAGAUACAGCACGGUUAUCCUAGUACCUUUUUUUUUUUUUUACGUUAAAUCCUUGAAACGUUAAAUCCUUUAUAAAGACCAUAGCCGGAAAACAGUGUACUUUUUUUCAAUUGCUAAAUAUAAAAUGUUUGAAAAUUUUAAUUUUCUUUUACGUGUGCCGUCUCAAAAUUUGGGGGGGAAUAUAAUAAAUCAAAACUAAUUUUUUGUAGAUAGCCAUUACAUUUCUUUAAACUGUUUUCGAUGCCAAUGUGUGUUCUACAAAAGAGAAUGGUUUCAUAAAUUAACUGAUUUAAGAGUAGGUACCGGUGUUACACACUUUUUAUAAAAAAAUAAAAAUAAAUUUUACAUAGUGAAA